GAAGCGACUCGCCGUUGGCUGACACAAUCAUCAAGCGGUGGUCGACUUGGUUCCCGCAAAAAGCUGCUGAACUCGCUGAUUUCGAGUGGAGCGUCCUAAAAGAUAAGCUGCUGGCCUACCCUACAGCAUGGCUGGCUUACGGCAGCGCGUAUCUCCUCGCCGACUGUGCCGCGCAGUCUUCGCUUCUGGUAUUGCCCACGCUGAAUGGCGCAGUUCUGCGCGAGGCCGUAGUGUACUUCUUCGACACAUGGCUGAACUUCGGCCUCGCUGCAAGGGAGCAAGGGAAGCUUGCCGUUUACUCCCUCUUCUGGAAGUUUCUUGUCAAGACGGGCUGGAUGACCUGGAUCUUCGAGCGGAAGAGCUUGCGGGGCUACUGCGCGACACUUGCCUUUCGGGGGGAUGAAGGUGUGAUCUUCGAUGAACUUGUUGGAGACGCUGAUGGCGUGACUGGGACUGCGCUGAACACCUCAGCGGGAUUGGCCGCCGAGGCAGCGAAUGACUCCGAGGACGAUGACGAGCUCACCCAAACGCUGGCCUCAAUUAUGGCAUCUGGCGUGGGCACUUCGGUGCGUCAUGGUAAUGAUAGUCUUGGGGCCGUGGAUACUGGCAUCAUCUCAGACAUGUGCACCUCUCCUGCGGACGCGGCACCUGCUGGAGGACCUGGGCUGGCAGAUCAAUUUCUUGGGGGUGGUCCUGGGGUCGCUCCUCUACCUGCCAUCGACCGGGUUGCGGCUAUCGACAGUGACGAGAUGGACUCGCUUGGCCCCGCAGGAGUCGCGGGCCGCGGAGAGGACGGCGACAGCAGCGACUUCAACACUGUGGAGGGCGGCUACACAAGCUGCGCGGCCCUGGGGGGAGACACUGAUAGUGAGACUGGUACGGUGCUGAACAUCACCGCGGAACUUGCUACUGAGACCGUGGACGAUUCCGAGGAAGAGGACCAAUUCACCAAAUAUCUGGCUGCAGCCAUGGAGCCCAGCCUGGGCGGUACGGCAGGACUUGAUAUUGUUGGGCUGGAAGACGUGAGCGAUGGCGUGAAGCACAUGCCCGUUUUCAGUCAUGAUUUCAUGAUGGACUGCGACGGGCUGGACAUCGACGGCAUGGCCGUCGUCGCCGACUACGCGGUGGACGGCGACUUCAACGACUUCAAAUCUGAGGAGGCGGCCGGCGCGGGAAGCGCGGCCGAGGGUGCCAGCGGGAGGCCGGAGAUGACGUCACUCCACGAGCUCAUGCG